CUGACGGCCAUGGAACUUGCCGGUAAUAGAGGACACAUCUCUUAACUAGGUUGCUCUAAGAACUGAUGCCUAAACCAUCUCAGCAUGGCCUAUAGAGGAGUAGGGACUGAUUUGCUUAGUGGUAGAAUACCUGAACUCUGUCAGAAAUAUCCAGAUUUAAAUUUCAUAAUUGGAGGAGAGGGACCAAAGAGAAUCAUCUUGGAAGAAGUUCGGGAAAGAUACCAGCUACAUGACAGGGUGCGUCUUUUGGGAGCUUUAGAACACAAGGAUGUUAGAGAUGUCUUAGUUCAAGGACAUGUUCUUCUUAAUACCUCCCUUACUGAAGCGUUCUGCAUGGCGAUCGUGGAAGCAGCCAGUUGUGGUUUACAGGUUGUAAGUACCAAGGUUGGUGGUAUUCCUGAGGUGCUUCCAGAAAACCUUAUUAUUUUGUGUGAGCCUUCAGUAAAAUCUUUGUGUGAAGGACAGGAAAAAGCGAUUUUCCAACUGAAGUCAGGGACAUUGCCAGCUCCAGAAAAUAUCCAUAACAUAGUAAAGACUUUCUACACCUGGAGGAAUGUUGCGGAAAGAACUGAAAAGGUAUAUGACCGGGUGUCAGUGGAAGCUGUGUUGCCAAUGGACAAACGACUAGACAGACUUACCUCUCACUGCGGCCCAGUAACAGGCUACAUCUUUGCAUUGUUGGCUGUUUUCAACUUCCUCUUCCUCAUUUUCUUGAGUUGGAUGACUCCAGAUUCUGUCAUUGAUGUUGCAGUAGAUGCCACUGGGCCACGGGGUGCCUGGACUCAUAAAUAUUCUCACAGUAAAAGAAGGGGUCGGAAUAGUGAGAUAUCUAAAACUAGGUAGAAGAAAGCCUCGAUUGUGAGAUUUUAAACAUUUGUAAUAGCUCUAUUAAGACUGUGGAAAAUAACCUUGGUUUGGGGGGGUUUUUGUUUUUUUAAAGUUAAUUCAGUAAGUUACGCUACCUCUAUAUCAUUCAAUGUUUUCUGUUGAGGAAAGAUAAAAACUUAUGCAAUUCCUGAGUGUAAAACUUCUUGCACUUAUUUGAAAUUUAGAAGACAACAUUUAAGCCACUCAGGUAUGAAAUUUUUCAGACUACUGAAAUCCCUGUAGCAGAGAUGUUUAACAUUAUAUUUUGAGAGCUUUGGGUGCUGAAGGGCCAAAUGUUUUCUGGGCAUUUUUUGGCCAGUUUUUAAUGCUGUACCAUUAGACACUCACCAGAUGUUUACAAGUUUUCUUUAGAGAAGUACAACAAUUAUAUGAACUAUUUUAAGUCAUAUUCAUAUACAUUUAUUAGACAUGUAAGUCAUGUCUUUAAGCAUUUAUUAGGUUCACUCAGUAGGUGUUACAUAUAAUUAACAGGCUCGUUGAGUAAGAUAGUCCAUCAGUUACCAGCACAUUUUGAACAACUGCUCUGUGUAGAAUGUUGAACUAGAUGCUCCCUGCUGUUAAGGACCGGGGGUGUAUUCACUCUUUGUUUACCAUUCAGAUGGCUUACUUAAUCGUAGUCAUGGUUGACAUGAGAUAGUUAAAUAUCCAACAUGCCAAAAAUGCUCAUGCCAGUUAAUGCCAGGAAAAAAAUCACCGACACACUACUAGUACUUCUUUGAUCCUAUUGUAUGCAUUCUCCUGGAUAGAGCCUUCAUCUUCAGUUGUGUUUAUGAAGAUAUUUUUUGCUUUUUAAAUACUGGGGACCAAGAUCACUGUUGAUAGUGCAGAGAAGCCCUCCAUAUUUGUCAGUGCAUAAUUGAGUUUUCUGUAAAUGCCUUCGUGUUUUCUGAGCAGAAUGUAUGAGGUAUGCCAUCCCAAAACCAGCUGCUACCCUGUCCUUUUAAUGUAAGUCACUCCCCUUCACUGUGGCCUCGCUGAUGUCUGAUAAGUAUUGUCAGUGUGCAGAAGACUUUACUUCAGAAUGUUUUAUUUAUAGCAAACCAAGUUGAAAAUUUUAGGAACAGUCUUUGUGGGUGUAUGUUAUUAACUGUAAUUAUUGUUGCCCAGAGCCACGGGUUUUUUAACCCCAAAUUAUCCACAUGGUGUGUAUUAUUAAUUCUUUGAACUCUUGAGGUUUUUGUGAGAAAAGAACUGUGAAUUCAAAAUAAUGAGGCACUUAUGCGUGCACUACAUAGAUUCUGACAGUGUUGUGAUUCUGUAUAGGAUUUUUUAAAAUAACAUUCACAAAAUUUAUUACUUUUUAAAAAAUAACAUGCCUAUUAACUGGUUGCACUGAUAUAAAAGAAAUAUAUUUGUGUUCUGUUUGUACUAAAACGCAAAAGCAAGAGUGCAAUUUUUAAAAUCUAGAAGUUAGGGAUUCUUUUGUUGGGGAAAAAUGGACUGAUCUAAACCAUUCAGUCUUACUGGGAUUUUUAUGCAUAGAAACUCACAUAUAAACAUGAAAUAAACAGUGCCAAUAUUCAU